ACGGGGUUUGCAUGUCAGACACUUCUCCCAUGGUAAAUGCAAAUGCUAAGGACGCUUAGAAACCGCCGGAACAACAAACACACAUUCACAGGUGGAGCACUAUGGUGGAGUCAGCUCAGAGUCGACGGCGCGGGGCACUUGAUUUUGAAAGUUACUACGCUGACUCGUGUGCAGUGCAGGGGUCAUGCCCCGUGGCAGCGGUGAAGGUGCACCUGAGCCAAGGGAUGCUCGACUUCAACGGAGAUCACGUCCACUUGACCGACUGGACUCCCAUUCUGAACGCGCUCUCCAUCAACAAGCAACUCCAUCAUGUUGCCAUCAAGAGUACCCACUUGUCCACCCUUGGGGCUCAGGGUGCAGUGAGGUGGUCUGGGCGGAGGAAGACUCCGGCUCUGCACUCUAGGAGUGUGACGCUGGCUCUGUGUCGAGCUGUGCAGAAGUGUCUGUGUGUGUCAGAAUGUCUCCACACUCUUCAACUUCACGGCCUUCCCCUCAGAGAGAGAGACCUCACUGCUCUCACCAAGGGUUUGGUUAAGAGUCCAUCACUGGAGCAUCUGUCUCUUGCCCAGUGUCCUAUAGCAGACCAGGGACUAGAGAUCAUCUGCCAGAGUGUGAAGUAUUCUUCCUCCAUCAAGAGUCUCGACUUCAGCUGCUGCAACGUUACUUGGCAGGGAGCAGAGCACCUUGCUAACAUCAUCAAGCACCAGGCGGUGCGUAGGCACGGCACGGCGUGGGCAGAGUCGCUGCGCUACAGGAAGGCCGAGUUUGAGGGCAUGAGCGGACUCAGGCGCAUCACGCUCAACGGAAACAUCCUGAUCGGGGACCAGGGAGCAGCUGCCCUCGCUCAAGAGCUGGCCGAAGACCUGUGGGUGAAAGCUGUGGACCUGCAGAAGUGCGGUCUGUCUGAUGAGGGGGCGCGGUCACUGCUGCAUGCGCUCCAAUCAAAUCAGUGCCUUCAUGUGAUGGACAUCAGGAGCAACCCUCUUGUGGAAUGCUCCCUGGUGAAAGACAUCAUCACCCGAGUGCUCAUGAACACCAAAGGACAAGACUCUCAGUAUAUGUGGAUCAAACCCCAAGCCAUGAGAGAAGCUCAGAAGGUCAGGGUGGGGAAAAGGAGUAGCACUGGCAAAAUCAGACGAGGCUCGAGUAAAGCAUCCCAGGUGAGUGUUGGGUCGUCCCGGCCGGUCUCUGGGGGCAUCCCAUGGCGCACUGCUGCACGGGCAGGAAAAAAGAGGGGUGCAACCUCCGCUACACCAGAGUACAGCUUUCAGGGUGCUGCUUCAGUCAAGGUCACCUUGGAAACGGAGUCGGAGACAGACCCAGAGGAGAGCCAAUCAGACUCCCAGAGUUCAGUGGCACUGAGUGGCCAAGAACAAAUCUCUAGCAGCCAGUACAACAGACUUAAGGUGGAGCUAGAGGAGUGUCGACUCAGGCUCACAGAGGAGAGAAAUGCCAGACUGAGAACCAACUCCCGUUUGGUAGAGCUUGAGCUGGAGAAUGCCGGCCUGCGGAGCAUGAACUCGUCCCUGUCGGAGAUGGUGGAGAACCCUGGCAGCUCCGCUCUGCUGGAUGACACGGUCCUAGACAGCAUCGAGUCCUCCUUCUCCAAGUUCAACGCUUUCCUCAACCUGCUGUCUGAAGCUGGUCUCGGCCAGCUUGCCUCUAUGGUGGGAAUUGACCAAUCAGACUUCAGUAUGAUGGGGCGGCCACAGCUGUCGUCCACAGGACGAGGAAUUGAAGGAGGAGCAGGAGAUCUGGAGGCCAUUUCCAUGCAGAAGCCCAUGGAUCCUGGUGCUCCUGGGUCCCCCAGAUCUCUACCUUCCUGCUCUCCGCCACUGGAGCCUCAUCCUGGUCCCUCUCGCCUAGCUGCUGCCCCCGCUGGUGUAGGAGUGGAAGUGCAUGCUGAGCGCUACCUGUCCUCGCCUGCUCCAGAUAUGGUACGCUCUCAGCAGUCUACUCCCCGGAGUGUUGGGUCCCUCAGCGACGGCUCUGCCAAUGUCAAGCGCGUACGAGAUGAUGGCUCUCGUGCCUCCAACUCCCACAGCAAUGGCAUCAGAGACAGUGGUUCCCAUGGCAGCAGCUCCCAUCGCAGCGGCCCAAAGGGCAGAGCUUCCCGCAGUAGCAGCUCUCACAUCAGCCCCAGAAACAACGACUCCAGUGAUAGCAGUGGCCAUGCCGACGUGCUCAGACAAUACAGUUCCCAUAGCAAUGGGUCCCAUGGAAAUGGCUCAAAGGGCUUGUAUGCUAGACAUGCAGAGGGGGAUGGUGGGGCUGCCCAGCUCCUAGAGUCUCUCUCACUUUCCUCAUAGUUCUGACACAUACAGCACAGUUUGUUUUUCUUCACAGGUGCCCAUCUUUUUAUCUUCUUGCCAAUCUUGCCCGAAUUAAUGAGUUAUUUAUUGACAUUUUUGAAAGGACAGUAAUUUGUUUAUGAGUGUUCCAUUUUUAUGAGAUCUACAAUACUGUGUUCUGGACUAGUUGUCUUGACAAUAAACAGUGAUUUUGUACAUA